AUGUCCAGAAUCGACUCAGAUUUGCAGAAAGCGCUUAAAAAGGCGUGUUCCAUGGAGGAGACCGCACCUAAGAGAAAGCACGUACGUGCAUGCAUAGUGUACACUUGGGACCAUCAGUCUUCGAAAGCUGUGUUCACAACAUUAAAGACACUGCCGCUAGCUAAUGAUGAAGUUCAGCUGUUUAAGAUGCUUAUUGUGCUGCACAAGAUUAUACAGGAGGGUCAUCCGUCAGCGCUAGCCGAGGCCAUCCGGGAUAGAGACUGGAUUAUGUCUCUGGGUAGGGUGCAUCCGGGCGGGUCAUCGUACAGCAAAUUGAUUCGGGAGUAUGUGCGUUAUCUUGUUUUAAAGCUAGACUUUCAUGCUCAUCAUAGGGGUUUCAACAAUGGGACGUUUGAAUACGAGGAGUACGUGUCGCUUGUCUCGGUCUCCGACCCGGACGAAGGAUAUGAGACGAUUCUAGACCUAAUGUCGUUACAGGAUUCGCUUGAUGAGUUCUCGCAGAUCAUCUUUGCCUCGAUUCAGUCUGAGAGGAGAAACACAGAGUGCAAGAUUUCUGCACUUAUCCCAUUGAUUGCAGAGUCAUAUGGUAUUUACAAGUUCAUUACAUCGAUGCUGAGAGCUAUGCACAGGCAAUUGAAUGAUUCAGAGGGUGAUGCUGCUUUGCAGCCUCUGAAGGAACGGUAUGAGCUGCAACAUGCGAGACUGUUUGAGUUUUACGCGGACUGCUCUUCUGUCAAAUACUUGACGACGCUGGUGACCAUUCCUAAACUACCGGUGGAUGCACCAGAUGUGUUUGUAACCAACGAUGUGGACGAGGCAAAAGAGAUCAAGUUCCAAAAACGAGAAACAUCUGCGACUCCAGCACGGACUCCGGCACGGACUCCGACACCAACACCCCCAGUUGUGGUUGAAUCAGCCGUUUCCCCCCGUCCGGUAUCUCGAAGGACUACUUCUACCCCCACAGGUUACUUGCAAACGAUGCCCACGGGAGCCACCACAGCCAUGAUGAUUCCUACCGUCACCGGCGCUGCUAAUGCCAUUUUCCCACAGACGACGGCUCAAAUGCAGCCAGACUUUUGGGCAAAUCAACAGGCCCAGUUUGCUAAUGAGCAAAACCGCCUUGAGCAAGAGCGUAUGCAACAGCAGCAGCAGCAGCAGGCACAGCAAGAGCUAUUUCAACAGCAACUACAACAAACACAGCAAGAUAUGAUGAAUAUGCAACUUCAACAACAAAACCAACAUCAAAACGAUCUAAUUGCCCUUACCAGCCAGUACGAAAAGGACCAGGCUUUAUUGCAACAGUAUGACCAAAGAGUUCAACAGUUAGAGAAUGAAAUUUCAACGAUGGAUGCGACCGCCUCUAAACAACUGGCUAAUAAAGAUGAACAGCUAACUGCUUUGCAAGAUCAGUUGGACGUUUGGGAAAGAAAAUAUGAAUCUUUGGCCAAACUGUACUCCCAAUUGCGGCAGGAACAUCUAAAUCUGUUACCUCGUUUCAAAAAACUGCAGUUGAAGGUCAAUAGUGCACAGGAGUCUAUCCAAAAAAAGGAACAACUAGAACAGAAAUUGAAGCAAAAGGAUUUGCAAAUGGCCGAGUUGGUUAAGGACCGUGAUAGGGCAAGACUAGAGUUAGAGAGAUCCAUCAAUAAUGCAGAGGCAGACAGUGCGGCAGCGGUGGCAGCAGCAGCAGCAGCAGAGACAAUGACCGUAGAUAAGAUGAACCCUAUCUUGGACGCUAUAUUAGAGAGUGGUAUCAACACCAUCCAGGAAUCAGUCUAUAAUCUUGAUUCUCCCUUGAGUUGGUCUGGUCCGCUAACUCCUCCCACUUUUCUUUUGUCCUUACUGGAAAGCACUUCUGAAAAUGCCACUGAGUUUGCUACGAGUUUCAAUAAUUUGGUAGUAGAUGGGCUUGCCCAGGGUGACCAAACCGAAGUCAUUCGUUGUGUCAGUGAUUUUAGCACUUCUAUGGCCACCUUGGUGACCAACUCAAAGGCGUAUGCCGUUACCACGUUACCACAGGAACAGUCAGACAAAAUUUUGACGUUGGUGAAGAGAUGUGCUAGAGAAGGGCAAUAUUUCUUCGAGGACUUGAUGUCUGAAAACCUCAACCAGGUUGGAGAUGAAGAGAAAACUGACAUUGUCAUUAAUGCCAAUGUCGACAUGCAAGAAAAGUUACAAGAACUAUCUUUAGCCAUUGAACCGCUACUGAACAUGCAAUCUGUCAAAUCAAACAAAGAGACAAAUCCUCACUCUGAAUUGGUUGCCACUGCUGACAAGAUUGUCAAAUCUUCGCAACAUUUACGUGUUGAUGUGCCCAAACCAUUGUUGUCACUGGCAUUGCUGAUCAUUGAUGCCGUUGUGGCUUUGGUAAAGGCUGCUAUUCAGUGUCAAAAUGAAAUUGCCACUACAACAAGUAUCCCACUAAACCAGUUCUACUUGAAAAAUAGCAGAUGGACGGAGGGAUUGAUAUCUGCGGCAAAGGCUGUGGCCAAUGCAACCAAUGUCUUAAUCACUACUGCAAGUAAGCUAAUCACCUCCGAGGAUAACGAAAAUACAUCACCUGAGCAAUUCAUUGUUGCCUCCAAAGAAGUGGCUGCUUCCACAAUACAAUUGGUAGCAGCAUCGAGAGUGAAAACCUCCAUCCAUUCCAAAGCUCAAGAUAAAUUGGAACAUUGUUCCAAGGACGUUACCGAUGCAUGCAGAUGUUUGGGUAACCACGUCAUGGGCAUGAUCGAAGACGGUCAUUCAAAUUCGCAAGAGCAGCAACCACUGGAUUUCACAUCCGAACAUACGUUGAAAACUGUCGAAAUGGAACAACAGGUGGAAAUUUUAAAACUGGAACAAUCUUUGAAUAACGCUAGAAAGAGAUUGGGAGAAAUAAGAAGACAUGCCUACUAUAAUCAGGACGAUGAUUAA